CACAUGGGUGGCUUGGCGCUUCGGCUCAAUUCAACGUGUUUUUGUUUGGCGUGGCAACCAAAGUUUUUUGACGCCGCAUCCCUUUCAACGACGCGAAUAAAUGUCUUGAAGGUUUAGGCACAAUUGCGUAUUGUACUGGGCUGUAGUUUGGACAGGCAGUUUUCCGACAGCUGCAAUGGCUGUGUUCUCUGGCAACAACCCGAGGCCAGCCUCGGCCGCUGAGUACCAGCGGCUCGGCGAUUCUGGCGAUGCCGAGGACGAUUAUGAUGGCCCACCUGGCCCGAAGAUGCUCCCCGUCGGCCCCGCUCCGCCCCGGACAUCCAGGAAAACCCUCACGGCCGCUGUUGUUGGAUUCAUAGCCGUGUGCUUCUUAGCUUGGUUUGCCACCAGCAAACGGCUCUUGUUUGCAACAACCUCCACGGGGUCCCGCUGCCCCUGCGAACCCGACCCCGAUGUGCCUCAGUACUUCCGUACGUCGCCGGAGCUGUGGGCUGGACCGACAGCUACGGGCAAGGCACCUUUUCUGCAGCAGACCGUCACUUUUGACCCCACUGCUACCUAUGUCCCCAAUGCUCCCUUGCAGACUGCCAUACCCAUCCAGGGCAUGGGGUCGGGGAACAAGAGCAUAUUUCAGAUGAUGGGCCAUUUAUCUCCAUAUUCACCUUCGCCGGGAUUCGGCGUUCGAGAGUAUCCCCUCCCUGCCGGUGCAGAGAUUGUCCAAGUGCAGAUGCUCUCUCGACAUGGGUCCCGCUACCCUACUUCAAACUCAGACGUAGCUGCAUUGGGCAAACAUAUCAGUAAUGCCAAGAAGGACAAGUCCUUCAAGGCUUCUGGGCCAUUGUCUUUUUUGAACGACUGGGAAUAUCAGUUGGGACACGAGAUUCUCGUGCCAAGAGGCCGACAGGAACUCUUUGAUUCUGGAAUUCUACAUGCGUACAACUAUGGCAGGCUCUACAAUCCGAAUAGCAAGAUCAUAGUGCGCACAACAACCCAGGACCGAAUGCUCAAGUCUGCCGAGUACUUCAUGGCCGGUUUCUUUGGGCUAGAAUGGCCUCGGAACGCCACAAUCGAGGUAAUCAUUGAGGAAGCGGGCUUCAACAAUUCUCUCGCCGGUUAUCUCAACUGCCCGUCCGGUGCAGGGCAGCACGUCGGAGAUGACGCGCGCAAGAUCUGGGUCAGCAACUAUCUGCAGAAUGCUACUGCGCGGAUUCAAACCAUGAUCGAGGGUUAUCAUUGGACUAUAGAAGACACUUACGCCGCACAAAAUAUGUGCCCGUACGAGACGGUGGCAUAUGGAUUCAGUCGCUUUUGUGACCUGUUCAACUACGAAGAAUGGAUUGGGUUUGGCUACUCGAUCGAUCUGUGGUUCGCCGGCAUCAGUGGCUUCCAAUCACCCAUAGGAAGAGCCCUGGGCAUUGGAUACCAGCAGGAGGUGGUCGCUCGUCUGAAGAACCACACCUUGGGAUAUUCAGGCUCCCAGAUCAACGUUACACUGGACAACAACACCGAGACCUUUCCUCUCAACCAGACCCUAUACUUUGACUUCUCCCACGACACAAACAUCAUGGCGAUCCUGACUGCUUUUGGGCUGAGGCAGUUUGCUCAUCUUAUGCAGCCAACAACACACCCUGGGGAGCACAACCUGACCGUGGCCAAUCUCACCCCCUUUGGUGCAAGACUUGACAUUGAGAUUAUCAAGACACCCAAGCCAGUGAAGCCGGACCGUUCGGGCUAUAUGGUCAACGGCGGCGAGACCAAAUAUGUGCACUUUGUGCUCAACCAGCGCACCCUGCCGUUGGGCUGGAGCCUUCCGGAGUGCGACGUGUCGCGGGUAGAUGGCUGGUGCGAGCUUGGGGCCUUUCUGUCUGCACAGGACAAGAUGCCUGCUCGUGCUAGGUUUGAUUAUGCAUGCUUUGGCUCGUACGACCCGGGUCCUUACGGGUCGGUGAUGGAUGGGGCGCCGCCUUAGGCAGGCUUUGGCUGUUGCGGGGUUUUCUUGGAUUACUGUAUACAUAUUGAUCACGACACCAGCGGUCUUGGAAUGGUGGCGUUUUGGCAGCAAGCAUUACGGCCCAGUCCAGGCCCCGAGGAGUGAUUGUUGUAAGACUUUGUUCGGAUAAAAUAAAGUGUGACAGUCUAGAAGCUCACCAUUUUUGGCCUC